AUGGCUGGUUCCACGCUCGUUGGACUUUUCUUCGCUAUUCUAAUUAUCGGCGGUCACAUCGGGAUACCGCUUAUUCUUCUCACCAUCUCCCUGUGCAAGAAACUACAAAGGCAUCCCUUGCUCCUCGGGUUUCUUACCAGCUGGGUAUUAUAUACGACAUCGUUCUGUCUCUUGCUGUAUACCGGACAUCAAUAUGAUGACGAAAAGCCUUUGGCAUUGUGCAUCACACAAUUGUCGAUGGUGUAUGGUUCAGCGAUAUCGACUCCACUUUCCGGGCUUGCGCUUAUCUCCAAUGUAUGUACGAUUACGUCAUUACGAGACUUUGAGGGUGGGACUUACACUGAAGUUAGAUUUGGCUUGGGACUAGUCAAAUCGGGAGAAGUAAUAGUAUCCCAACAGACGAUCCUAAGGAAGAGUUGGAUGAAAGGCAUGAACUUGGCCAAAAGCUUUCAGUUGCUUAUUAUUCCGUAUGCGGCAUUCGUGCUCGUCGCAGUGUUCUUUGCGAUUGAGGUAAGCCAAGAGCAGUCUUCCAUCGAUAGGUCGCAGAAUUCCCUGUACUGCGCCAGAUCCAAUGAACAAGGGGUUCCAUACAUUUCAACGAUAAUUAUACUUGCUUGUGUCGUUUUCGAAAUCCUGAUAAUCUGGAAACUGGUCAAACUCAGGAGGAAAUUCGAAGUGUCGAAAGACAAGCUCAAAGCCGAUAUGUCUGUUCGGCUCUUCAUCCGUACCGGUAUUUUCACGAUUUAUGGUGGUCUAUCAUUGUUGGCUGCAGUCCAAUUUUGGUUUGAAUCGAGAUCCAAUUUCAUGUUCGCUCACAUUAUCCAGGCGUCAAUGCCGUUUGCAGCAUUUCUGAUUUUCGGAACACAGAAGGAUUUACUUACAGCCUGGGGAAUCCUUCCACUGGCGCUUUGCAACAGGUUGCUAGGUUUGGGCAAGAAAUCGCCGCCUCCACGUCUGGACGAAGAUGAAUUUCCUCAGGCACCCCGCAACAGCCAAGACAUCAGGAAGCCUUCGCCAGUCGUAAUGAAGGAAUCCCAGAAACCGCUCGUCCUACCGGAUGAUAAUCAAGGUCCUGAUGAAGUGGUUUUGCUCAGUCGUGUGCCGCGCUUUCCAGCUAUUGACCCCUCAACCCUCGUCGUCUGGGUUCACGACCUUGUAUGCAUUCGAAGUGCCUUAUUGUUCAAAUACAUUGAGGUCGGGUUCUCUACGAGCUAA